AUGACGCCCCCGGCCCGUGGACGGGGGACUAGUCAGCGCAGUCCGACCGUUUUGGUAACGGACUCGCGUGACCAACAGAAUCCUCAAACUCCCCGUCGUCGCCGCUCCCCCGCAACCCGAUUCAUCACCGUCGAUAAUGUCCUACAAUACGCAUCCGACGUGCCUUCAAUGCAACAACGUGGACCACCACCCAGCUCUCGGUCACGCAGACUUGCCUCUGCAGCAGGUGGCUUGAUUGGUACUUCCGGAAGCAGUAGUUCCAGCGCGGUAUCCGGGGCUGGCAAAGCCGGCCGACUCGCAGCGCAACCGCGUCUGCCGCCUCGAACGACCAAAGUCAGCGAGAAGCUGGUUCUUCUACCUGACACCGAUGAGAUUGAGGAAGGGGAGACCGAAGAAGAUGAAGACGAGGGCGGCGAGGGCGCGGGGAUGGUGGAUGAGGAACUCGUUGCACGAUUGGCGCGAGAGAAAAAUAUCGAUCCGGAAAUGGUCAGACACCAGCUUCUAGUCUCGAAGCGGCUGGGUAGUGACUUUGGUGUUGAUAAUGAUCUUGCGCCGUUGUUGGCUGAGGAGGAGGUGUUGAGGAAACGACGUGUUGCGCCUGAGCGCGCGAAGAGUUAUGCGGAGCGUCUGCCCAAGGCUCGGAGGACGGAGAAGCUGGCUCGUGUUACGGCUUAUUGCACGGCUCAGGCGUAUAAGAUGGGGUCGCUUGCUGCGUUUGUUAAGGAGCAGCAUGGUGGAAGGACGAAGCUUUAUGAUGAUUGUCUUUACACGGCUUAUCAUCUGCCCCUUUUGCCUGGCCAUGAUGGGUACCGAUUGAGGAGUAGCCCUGUGCUGAAAUAUCCCGGUGGCAAGUCCUUGCUGGAUGAGGAGAUUGAGCGCAACGAGCAGCGUGAUCAUCAUGAUGAUUACAUGGUUGAGCCGGAAGAGCACUCUGUUGGUGGUCACAAUCGUCCGGAGGAUGAGCAUCAUUACGAAGGCUCUCCGCAUGACUCGGCGGAUCAUUCUCACCAGGAGAAUCGGGAAGAGUUCUUGAACAGGAUCAGCGAGGAAGUUCAUGGCCAUGCCGACGUGCAUGAGCAUGAGCGCGAGCUCGUGCACGAGCAUGCUGCUAGCUCUAGUGAGAGUGUUCAAGGCUUGGAGCAUAUCGAGCCAUCUGAAACCAAUGAUGAGAACGGUCCUCCUUCACCGGAGCCUCUCCCUCGCACCUUGUACAAUGUCGCUGAAAUGUUCGUAUUCAGCUAUGGUGUGGUGGUGUUCUGGAAUUUCACCGAGCGACAGGAGAAAGACUUGCUCGCUGAUUUGGCCUUUGCCACGUCUUCAGCGACCGGCAUCCCUAUCCCGUUGGCAACAAUGCCGCUUGAUGAAGAAGAUUUCGAGACGGAAGAGUUCCAUUUCGAGUACUCGACGGAGAUCUCGCGUCCGCGAGUCUACAAUGAUAUGAUCACACUGCGCAGUGGUGAUCAUAUGAUCAAGCUAGCUAUCAGUCAUGGUAUUUCGCAAAGCACCAAGCUUUGUUUCUUCGAGGAAGUCAUGGCUCGCCAGAUGGCAGACGCCAAGGAUGUCCCAAGACGACUCGCCGUCACAGGCCAAUUGGGCAUGAAGCGCGAAGAGGUGUUCCGUAUCCUCGGUCGUCUCUUCAAGAGUCGUGUCGAAGUCAACCUAUCAUCAAACAUGCUCGAUGUCCCUAACUUCUUCUGGGAGAGCGAACCGACCCUGUAUCCACUCUACAUCGCCGUGCGCGAGUACCUCGAGAUCAAACCCCGUAUCCAGGUCUUGAACGAGCGAUGCCGUGUAUUCCUUGAUCUUGCCGAGAUUCUUUCCGAUUCCAUCGCCGACACCAGAACUUCCCACCAAACAUGGAUCAUCAUUGUUCUCAUCGUCAUCUCCAUCCUUGUCACUACUUCCGAAGUCUUCCUCCGCUUCGGCCUUCUCCAUGCUAGCCAAGGUACCAACGGCACACCUGCCAGCGUCCUCGCUCGAGUCAUGGGGCGAUCUGUUCCCUCUCCUUCUUCGGGCUGGUACCCUUAUGCUGCCGCUGAUGUACCCCCGGGCUGCGUGUGUCCCUCCAUUGUCCCAGGCGGAGGCUCGCAAAUGGGCGUUAGUGGCUUGAUGGAUCUUUGA